AUGGCUGCCCAGACCUUCCGAUUCAACUCUACGAUGAUGAAUGCAAACUUCCAGCUGCAGGAUGAGAAGGCCGCUCCUGUAGUCUCGGCUGUAAUUUUCGAUCCACCAACAAAUCCCGUUUUCAUUCCCCCUAAGCAAAAAUGCCAGAGACCAACUAUCACACCUCUCAAAAUCAAGCCGAAACAGAAUCGACUAAAUGAACCGAGUCAUUUAUUGGAUAGAAGCCAUGCAGGAUAUUUCGAUUCCUUGUUCUCUGAGGAUGUAGCUGGAAAUCAACCUGGAGGAAUGGUCCGACCCUCAAGGCAAUCCUCUCUUCACGUUCUUCUGAGUCCUCCAAACGUGUUGGAUGAUGACGACGACAGUAACCUGCGAACCGGAUCAGAGACCCCUGAUUCAGUAAGAUCAUUAUCGUUAGACUCUAUCCCGUCAUUAGAUAACGAUGACGAUAUUCCCACCCCGCUCGGUGACCCGCCAACGCCAUCCCUUACCACUCCCCAUCGAUUGCCGUUCGUUCGGAAGCAGCGUGUCUUCUCGCCCAGCGAGGCCUGUCCCGAAGACCAUCCUCUCCUCUCCACGUCAUUACCCGAGAACCUCAUGUACAUCGAUGAAACUCCCACAAAGAUGCCAGUAUACAGGUCGAACUCCUUCCGAGCCCUUCCAAAAUUAGGGGCAACCGUCAAAUCCAACCUCACUGCGUCCCUCCGAGCGAUCAGAUCCGCUGCCCAAAGUGUCUCCAAUUUCACAGCCCCCUCCGUGCGAUCCGAAGAUUUCUUGACACGAUCCUUCUUCGCAUUCUCUCCAGAACUAACGGACGAUAAACACCCCGUUCUAAUGAAAAACACCCCUUCGCCGGCACUCUGCCGCUACGUAAACCCCUUAACAAUAUCCGCAGCAGAUAUCCAUAUCUACAGCGAGUCUCCACGAGGAACUCCUGUUGAACCCACCAGAUGUACAGCGUGCAUUCAAAUGCAGACAUACAACUUGUCAACGGUCAAGAAAAGACGCAGAAAAUGUGUAUAUCUCCCAGCCGCGACUGAGAAUGGCUAUGAAUCCGACCUUGACUGCCAAGACGAAGAUGUGAACGAUGAGGAAGACGAAGUGGAAGAUGAAGAUGAAGAUGAAGAAGACGAAGAAGAUAGAGAAUACGAAGACGACGAUGACGAUGACGAUGACCGUCCACGAUUCCACCUUCCACGGCAUAGAGAGCCCAGAGAGAACGGCGAUUUUCUUCGAAUCGUCGUCUUGGAAAUGAACAUGCAACGCCGUGGUAAACUACGCAGUGACGUCCCCGGUCGAGCAAAGCCCUGGCUUCCGCCGAGAAAGGUGAUGAUGGGGUUGUCAUUACCAUUAUCACCUUCUUCUUCUGCGGGGCUCUAUGUGGGGACAGGUGGGGCAGGAUAUACGAGCCGCAAGAUUCCGCGAAGGUGGAUUCCAAUAUCCAUGGAUGAUCUAGGAUGA